CAAAAGGGACGACACUUUGAUUUGGUGGUGACUGGUGAUGAGGCUUGGCAGAAGCGGGCGAUCUGCGGUGAAGCAAAGAGCAAAAAGUGAAGAGUAGAGAAAAGAGGAACGCAGCGAAUCACAGAAACUGAGAGAGAGAGAGAUAGAGUUCGGAAUUGUAUGCUGCAAUGCCUCAUCGUAACAACCCUGCGCCACUUCCCUUAGUGGUCACCCUAAAUUGCAUCGAGGACUGCUCCAUCGAGCUCGAAUCCCUAACCGGCGUCGCCGCCGUCGAGCACGUCCCCCUCAGCCGCCUAUCCGACGGCAAGAUCGAAUCCGCCGCCGCUGUCCUCCUCCACUCCCUCGCCUACCUCCCACGCGCUGCCCAGCGCCGCCUCCGCCCCUACCACCUCCUCCUCUGCCUCGGCUCCUCUGACCGCGCCGUCGACUCCGCACUCGCCUCCGACCUCGGCCUCCGCCUCGUCCAUGUCGACACCUCUAGAGCUGAGGAGAUCGCUGACACUGUCAUGGCCCUCUUCCUCGGCCUCCUCCGCCGCACUCACCUGCUCUCCCGCCACGCUCUCUCCGCCUCCGGCUGGCUCGGUUCCAUUCAGCCGCUCUGCCGUGGUAUGCGGCGGUGCCGAGGACUCGUACUUGGCAUCGUUGGCAGAUCUGCCUCCGCCCGGUCGCUUGCAACUCGCAGCUUGGCAUUCAAGAUGAGCGUGCUUUAUUUCGAUGUUCAUCCGGGAAAAGGGACAGUGAGCUUCCCUCCAGCAGCACGAAGAAUGGAUACUCUUCAUGAUUUACUUGCUGCAAGUGACCUUAUAUCACUCCAUUGUGCUCUAACAAAUGAAACAAUGCAGAUCAUUAAUGCUGAGUGUCUUCAACAUGUAAAGCCUGGUGCUUUUCUUGUAAAUACGGGUAGUAGUCAGCUUUUGGAUGAUUGUGCUGUAAAGCAGCUCUUGAUUGAUGGAACCUUAGCUGGAUGUGCUUUGGAUGGUGCAGAAGGGCCCCAGUGGAUGGAAGCAUGGGUUAAGGAGAUGCCUAAUGUGUUGAUACUUCCACGAAGUGCAGAUUACAGUGAAGAAGUCUGGAUGGAGAUAAGGGAGAAAGCAAUAUCUAUAUUACAGACAUUCUUCGUUGACGGGAUUAUUCCAAAGAGUGCCAUGUCUGAUGUGGAAGAAGAGAGUGAGGUGGAUGAUGAAAAUGAACAAUCUGAUCAACAGUACAAAGAAAAUUCUCUACAGAUUAUUGUUAGAGAGCAACUAGAUGAUGUUCAAGUAAGCCCAAGUCCUGAAACCUCCCAAAAGAAAGGAAGCAUUCAAGUAAAAGAAUCUUCAUCCCAGAACCAGGUUUCAAGUUUGACUCAGAGUACAUCCACUAGAUCUGAAGGUAGGCGCAGCAGGUCUGGUAAAAAGGCCAAAAAGAGGCAUACACGUCAGAAGUCCCAGCCAAAACCAGAAGAUCCAUCUGCACUGGAGAAAGAAGGCACAUCUCAGAGAGACGAUACUGCCAUGAGUGGCACAGAUCAUGCCCUAAGUUCCAGCUCUGAAGAUUCAAGAAGUAGAAAAACUCCAAUAGAAUCGUUGCAAGAAGCAACUGCCACUUCAGUUCUAGUGCCAAGCAUGAGACUUAGUGGAAAUUGUACUGAACUUUUAAGAGAUGGAUAUGUCAUAGCCCUUUAUGCAAGGGAUCGCCCAGCACUUCAUGUAUCAAGACAGAGAGUUAAAGGUGGUGGUUGGAUUUUGGAUUCAAUGUCAAGUGUGUCAAAAAGAGACCCUGCUGCACAGUUCCUCAUAAUCUUCAGAAGCAAGGACACAAUUGGCUUGCGAUCUCUUGCAGCUGGUGGAAAAUUAUUGCAGAUCAAUAGAAGAAUGGAAUUUGUAUUUGCUAGUCAUAGUUUUGAUGUUUGGGAGAAUUGGACGCUGGAAGGUUCCUUACAGGAAUGUAGACUGGUGAACUGUAGAAAUCAAUCAGCUGUUUUGGACGUGCGUGUUGAGAUUUUGGCAACUGUAGGAGAAGAUGGAGUAACUCGUUGGAUUGAAUAGACUGGUAUGGUGAGUUUGAGCUUAUUUCCUGUCUGGGUCUGUAUUAUUUAAAACAAAAGUGAUGAGCUUCUAAAUCUUUCUUGUGCCCAGCGGUAUUUGAUCUCCAAAAAGUUUCCUUAUGGAAAGAUUGGAAUGUAUUUGUAGUGUUGAGCAGACCUCUCUUGGUGAUUUUUUCUUCUUCCCUUCUUUCUUUUUUACUUCCUCCUCCUCUUUCUCCUCCUUGUUUUCUCUUUCCUUUUUUUACUUUUUUUCUUUCUUUUUCUUUUUUGGGGUGAUGUUAUCAUUGAUUGAGGAAAUCCAUGAGAUUAUAUUGAGUGUGAUGAAA